AGCAGGAACUAAGGCAGAGCUUGCAGCCAGGUGCGAGCACGCUGGCGUCUAGGCGUGGUCCUGGGGCAGGUCUACCACUUCCAUCCGAAGGCGCCUACCGCCUCGCCUCGCACCUUCAGGACGGCCUCCGCCGGGCCACCCCUCUGCCCCGCUGCCCCCGCACGCACCAGCUGCUCCGGGCUGCGGGCCCAUCAGGCAGCGGUGCACAGCCAGCGGCCCCGGGAGGAGGCGCGGCCUGGGAGGCGGACCGCAGGCCCAGAAGCGAGUGUUUCCUGGGCUCCUGCAGCGCCGACCCGCGCGCCAGCCCGGGGUCCAGCAUCCCUGCCGACCCUUCUAGGAGCAGCGUGAGCGGCACCGCUUCGGGAGCAGUGCGACCGCACCCGUCUCUGCCGUCAGGAUGCUGCCGGUGUACCCGGAGGCGAAGCACAACCCGCUGGGGGACGCGAACAUCUGCUCGCGCCUGUUGUUCUGGUGGCUAACCCCCCUGUUUCGAGUUGGCUACAAGCGGAGGUUAGAGGAAGAUGACAUGUACUCGGUGCUUCCAGAAGAUCGCUCUGCGCACCUUGGAGAAGAGCUGAGAGGGUACUGGCAUCGAGAAGUUUCGAGAGCUGAGAAAGAUGCACGCGAGCCUUCUUUAACGAAAGCCAUCAUCAAGUGUUACUGGAAACCCUAUUUAGUUUGGGGAAUUUUUACUUUUCUUGAGGAAGGCACCAGAAUAGUUCAGCCUGUCCUUUUGGGGAAAAUUAUUAGUUAUUUGGAAUACUAUGAUCCCAGUGAUUCUGCCGCCUUCCACGAAGCCUUGGCCUAUGCUGCAGGGCUGAGCGUCUGCGUGCUCACCUGGGCCUUUCUGCACCACUUGUACUUCUAUCACAUUCAGCGUGUGGGGAUGAGGCUGAGGGUAGCCGUGUGCCACAUGAUUUACCGCAAGGCACUUCGCCUGAGCAACUCGGCCACAAGGGAGGCCAGCACCAGCCAGAUAGUCAAUCUGCUGUCCAAUGACGUGAACAGGUUUGACCAGGUGACAAUGUUCCUGCACUUUCUGUGGGUGGGGCCUCUGCAGGCUGUCGUGGUGACCGCCCUGCUCUGGAUGGAAGUAGGAAUAUCGUGUCUUGCGGGGAUGGCGGUUCUAAUUCUUCUCCUGCUUUUGCAAAGCUGGCCAUCGGGAAGUUGUUUUCAUCACUCCGGAGUGAGACCGCAGCUUACACAGACGACAGGAAUCAGGACCGUGAGUGAAGUCAUAACUGGCAUCAGAACAGUAAAAUGUACACUUGGGAAGAGUCACUUUCGGAUCUUAUUGCCAGAUCGAGAAGGUAAGUUUUACUACAUGUCACAUCAUAUUUUGUACUCCCCCCGCCAUUUUACUGAAUGAAGUUUAGAAAUCUUA